AAUGAAAAAUAAAAAUCGAAACAUAAUAAAUAGGUAUGUCAGCAAUUUUCGAUAACCACAAAAUGGCUGACAGUUUUUUCGGUCGACCAUUUCUUACGACAGAAAACCGGCUACCAUAUUGUCAAAAAGUGAUAACAAGUUGCUGCCGUACCUGUUAAUUUUGUCAUAUUAUAAAUUAAACCUCAUCAUAAUACCACAUAUUAGAUAAUAUUACAAUGAUUAGAGAUAAUAAAAACAUAGAUAAUGUUAUCAGCUGUUGAUAUGUGCUUGGAUCUACACGUGAGUAUUUGUGUCUGUUGUGAGACUAUAUGAUAUUUUUUGUUGUCAAAUUGGCGUUUAUAGUUUCAAUAAAUUCAAAAUAAUUGUAUGUUUUCUGUCUGUCGGUUAUUCUUUUUAGUGAGUUCGCCGAGACUUUAUCGAAAGUUUCUAUUAAUUAUUAAUUUAUACUACGCAAGUGGAUUUAAAUAAUGGGAAAAGUAAGGAGGUAUAAAAAAAAGUUGGCCAAAGUGGCGUUAGCCGAAGAAAAACAACACCAGCAACAACAAAUACAACAACCGGAAAAAACCGACUAUAUGCAAUUGGCCGAAGAGCUGCUACGAUUAAAGAAAGACGACGACAAAAUGAGCGUUUGUUCAGUGAUGAAGAGUAUCAAGUCUAGUGGGGGUGAAGAAUCUUUGAAAUUAAAAAAAGAUGCUAAGCGAUACUUAAAACAUGCGUUCCUUAUGAAAAAACUAGAAAAAACACAAAAAGUAAUAAAAAAAAAGAAAAAGAAAUGCAAUAAAAAUGAUGAAACGGACGAAGAUGAUGAAGAUGACAAUGACGAAAUAGGUUUCAGCAAUCAAAAAGUUUUAAACUGGCCCGCAGGAACCGGAAAAGAAACGGAUUCACAUUUUGUUCCAGUAAAAAGACAUCGAAAAGGACAGCAGAAAAAAAUGAAUACUCAAUUAGCUAAAGACUUGGUGACGUUUUCCAAAAAAAUCAAAAGGACUAUAAAUGUUUCUAAUCAGAGUGUAACUAUUGAUAAAUUAUAAUAUUUUAUAAAAUAUAUUUAAUUGUCUCAAAU